GGUCGAGAUGCGUCUCCUCCUAGCUCUAGCAAGUUUGGUCGCCGUGGCCUCGUGCUUCGAAAUUCGAAAUCCGGAAACCAAAGAAUGGUAUCAACACGCUACGUUCUACCAAAUCUACCCUCGGUCGUUCAAGGACAGCAACGGCGAUGGAAUUGGAGAUCUCCCGGGCAUAACCUCAAAAAUGAAAUACCUGGCUGAUAUUGGAAUCGAUGCUGCCUGGCUGAGUCCACCGUUUAAAUCGCCUCUGUGAGAUUUUGGCUACGAUGUAUCUGAUUUCUAUAACAUUCAUCCUGACUACGGAACUUUGGCUAAUUUUGACGAACUGGUUCAAGAGUCCCACAAAAAUGGAAUCAAAAUGAUGCUCGAUUUUAUUCCGAAUCAUUCGAGUGAUGAACAUGAUUGGUUUAUUCAGUCUGCCGCGCGAAAUGCAACUUACCUCAAUUUCUACACCUGGCACCCAGGGAAAAUAAAUCCAACUACAGGAAACUUGGAACCUCCAAACAAUUGGGUCUCAGUUUUCGGAGGCCCUGCUUGGACUUAUCAUUCGGGCCGUGGAGAAUAUUAUCUGCAUCAGUUCACCUCCAAGCAGCCAGAUUUGAAUUACCGCAAUCCAGCAGUCCUUGCGGAAAUGACCAAGAUGUUGUUCUUCUGGCUUGAUCGUGGAGUCGACGGAUUCCGUUUGGACGCCAUCAAUCAUCUGUUCGAAGAUGCUGACCUCCGAGAUGAACCACCAGCAAAUGGAGCCCCCGGAACCUACGAUUCGCUUAACCAUAUCUACACCAAAGAUCUUCGGGAGGUUUACACCGUAGUGUAUAACUGGCGAGAUCAGUUGGAUCAGUAUUCGCGGGAAAACAACAGAACCUGUAUUCUGAUGACCGAAGCAUACGCCUCGAUUGAGGAUACGAUGCUGUACUAUGAGAGUGCCGAUAGGACCCGACAUGGUGCUCACAUGCCGUUCAACUUCAUGCUGAUCUACGACUUCCAGGCCAAUCAGAAUGCAGUUGGAUUGAAGCAUGCAAUCGAUUGGUGGAUGAAUAAUAUGCCGGCACGACAUACACCGAGUUGGGUUACCGGAUCUCACGAUCAUUCGCGGCUUGGAUCACGAGUGGCCGAGAAUAGAAUUGAUCAAGCGAUGACGCUGUUGCAUACGCUUCCGGGAACGAGUAUCUCCUAUUAUGGAGAAGAAAUCGGCAUGCUAGACUACAAGGAAGCGCAGACCUUCGACGGUCGGGAUCCAAACCGAACUCCGAUGCAGUGGGACAACACGACCAGUGCCGGUUUCAGCACCAACGCUAAUACCUGGCUUCGGGUUCAUCCCGAUUAUCCCCGUAAGAAUGUGGCCUUCCAGCAAGCGGCCGAAAGCAGCACCCUGAAGCACUUCCAGACGCUGACCGCGUUGAGGAAACAUCGAACCUUCGCCUAUGGUGACUACUUGCAUCGGACUGUCGGAACGAGCGUUUAUGCCAUGCUUCGGGAACUUCGUGGAGAGGAUUCGUUCCUUACGGUACUGAACAUGGCCGGGUCCGAUUAUCAGGUCGAUUUGGGAGAUUUCACCAAUUUGCCGCAAAUGCUCAAGGUUGAGGUGGCGCAACCAUCUUCGAAACUUAAGGCUGGGGACACCGUUGAUAUUUCCAAGGUUAAUUUGGGUCCUUACGAUUCCGUGGUUUUGCGAGCUGUAAACUCUGCUGCAAGUGUUCGGUUGUCUUUGAUUACCUUGGUUCUUCUUGUAAUUAAAUAUAUUUUUGUUUGA